AUGAGUUCGCAUACAGAGAGAAAAUCUCUUGAUAGCUCCACCAGCACAGAGACCCCUACCAACUUCACUCCAGAUGGCUUGACUUAUGAGAAUGUUGAUGCAAAAAGCCUUCAAAGAAACAUGACCGGACAUUCUGUUCGCUCUGCCAGCGAACUUGCUGCUAUUGAAAAAAUUGUUUCCCGUGUUUCUGCUCACGCUGGGGCUUUAGGUCCCCUUGAAGAACCUAUUGACCACGAAUAUGUCAGAGACGUCUCAAAAGAAGACCCAAACGCAGAUGUCAACGAUGCUGACCCUUGGAAAUAUCCAUUGGAUCCUGACACUGGGAUCAGAUUAGUGACAUUUGUCGGUGAUAACGAUCCUGAUGACCCUAGAACUUGGGCGCCAAAGAAAAAAUGGGGUAUCACAUUAUUGCUUGGUCUCAUUUGUUUUGUCGUUGCCUUUGCGUCUUCUGUAAUCACCGGUGGAAUGGAAGGUCCAAUGAUUAGCUUUGACGUCUCUAUGGAAGUGUCAAUCUUGGCAGUCACUUUGUUCGUCAUUGGUUUUGGUGUCGGUCCAAUUGUUUUCUCUCCAUUAUCAGAAGAAGUCGGUAGAAGAAUCAUUUAUUCUUCCACUUUAUUCUUGGGGGUCAUUUUCAUUAUCCCAUGUGCUGUAGCCAAAAAUAUCGGUACUUUAUUGGUUUGUCGUCUUAUUGAUGGUAUCGCGUUCUCCGCCCCAAUCACGCUUAUUGGUGGUUCUCUUUCCGAUAUCUUUCUUUCCCACGAAAGAGGUGCGGCAAUGGCAGUUUUCUCAGCUGCUCCUUUCCUUGGUCCAAUCAUUGGCCCACUUGUUGGUGGUUGGAUCUAUAUACGUGCUGGCUGGAGAUGGCUUUAUUGGGUUAUGUUUAUUCUCUCUGCAGUGGUCUACGUAUUUGUCAUUUUUGCCGUUCCUGAAACCCAUCACCAAACCAUUCUUAAAAAGAGAAAAGAAAAACUUAUCAAGCUCACUGGCGAUGAUCGUUACUUGAUCCUCAAGGACUUGAAACCUCGUACUGUCAAAGAAGUUGCCAUUGAAACUGUUUCUAGACCGCUCAUCUUAUUGACGGAGCCAAUUGUUUUGUUAAUCACUAUUUACAUGUCUGUAAUUUAUGGUCUUCUUUACAUGUACUUCUUUGCAUUCCCAGUGGUCUUUGGUGAAGGUAAGGGAUGGAAUGAUGGUAUGGUUGGUCUUAUGUUCAUCCCGAUCGCUAUUGGCAUUGUCAUUGCCAGCGCUGCUUCUCCUUAUGUCAACAAAAUGUACAACAAGUACACUGCUGUAUACAUCGCUCGUGGGGAGAUUCCUCCUCCAGAAUUGCGUUUGAUUCCAAUGAUGAUUUCUUGCUGGCUUAUUCCAAUUGGUCUUUUCAUCUUUGCCUGGACCUCAUAUACUCGUCUCGACUGGGUGGGUCCUGCCUUUGGUGCUAUCCCUUGUGGCUGUGGGUUCUUGCUUCUUUAUAAUUCCGCCAACAACUACAUGGUUGACUCGUAUCAACAUUUUGCGGCUUCUGCUCUUGCUGCUAAAACUUUGGUCCGUUCAAUCCAUGGGGCCACAUGUGUGUUAUACACCGUUCAAAUGUUGCACCGUUUGGGCUACCAAUGGGGGAUUUCCUUGCUUGCCUUCAUUUCAUUGGCUUGCUGCGCCAUUCCUUAUUUCUUCUUCUUUUAUGGGGCAAAGAUUAGAGAAAGAUCUAAAUAUGCUUACACUCCAAGCGUUGAAGAGUACAUGAAAGCCAACACCGUGGCGACAAAAGUUUCCAGUGAUGACGAAGAAAAGAAGGUUGAAUGA